CGUAUGUUGAGAAUUUUUGCCUAUGGUCGCACUCCGGCUAAGGUGUUAAAUAAAAUAAUUAAUAAUAUUUGAAUAAUCGCUAUAAUAAUUUGUAUAACGCUUUAAUUGUCUAGUAGUUUAGAAAAUAAUCACCAUGCAGUGUCUUAUGAGGUCCAUUAAUAUUGCCCGCAAAGCAGCGCAUCUUCGACAAAUUGCCUCAAUUGCCGCUCUGCCCGAUACGCAUCAGAUGCUGCAGAAGACAUGUAGAGACUUUGCAAACUCUGAACUGAGUCCAAAUGCAGCCAAGUUUGAUCGCGAACAUCUUUAUCCUGCGCAACAGAUCAAACAGAUGGGCGAAUUGGGUCUGAUGGGUGUGGCUGUUCCCGAAGAGCUCGGUGGCACGGGGCUGGACUAUUUGGCCUACGCUAUUGCCAUGGAGGAGAUUUCCCGCGGCUGUGCGUCGGCUGGUGUGAUUAUGUCCGUGAACAACUCCUUGUACCUUGGUCCCCUGCUCAGCUUUGGAAAUGAUAGCCAGAAGGCAGCCUUUAUAACGCCUUACACAACAGGUGAACGUGUUGGUUGUUUUGCUCUCUCGGAACCAGGAAAUGGUUCGGAUGCGGGUGCUGCGUCGACGAUAGCAACAGAAAAGGGCGACCAUUUCGUCCUAAAUGGAACCAAGGCGUGGAUAACAAAUGGCUUCGAAGCGGAGGCCACAAUUGUCUUUGCCACCACAAACAAACAGUUGAAGCAUAAAGGUAUCUCCGCAUUUAUUGUGCCCAAAGGUCUGAAGGGCUUUACGGUUGGCAAGAAGGAAGAUAAGCUUGGAAUUCGAGGCUCCUCAACCUGUCAAUUGAUAUUCGAAGACUGUGAAAUACCCAAGGAAAAUCUGCUUGGUCAAACGGGCUUUGGAUUUAAGAUUGCCAUGCAAACGCUGGACGCCGGACGCAUUGGUAUUGCUGGCCAGGCACUGGGCAUUGCUCAAGCCUCCCUAGAACUGGCCGUUGACUACGCACAGAAGCGUCAGGCAUUUGGCAAGCCUAUUUCGAAAUUGCAGUCCAUACAGCAAAAGAUCGCGGAUAUGUCGCUGGCCUUGGAGUCGGCUCGCCUAUUGACCUGGCGUGCCGCGUGGCUGAAGGAUAGUCACCUGUCGUACACUAAGGAGGCCGCCAUGGCCAAGUUGGCUGCCUCUGAAGCUGCGACACUAUGCGCCCAUCAGUGCAUUCAGGUGUUGGGCGGCAUGGGAUACGUCACGGAUAUGGCAGCGGAGCGACAUUAUCGCGAUGCGCGCAUUACCGAAAUUUAUGAAGGUACGUCGGAGAUUCAACGUUUGGUGAUAGCCGGUUCAAUACUCAAGGAAUACGCUAGUUAGAUUCCUUUGCACUUUUAACGAGAUUCACACAUGGAAAUUAUGAAAAUAUUUAAAGGAAAUUACGGAAAUUUGUAUACGUCAAUGCACUCUAAAUACUCUUUGUACUUCAGUUUCAAUUUAAUUUUAAGCACAAAGUACCGAAUGUUGUAGUCAAGUUUUGUAAUUAAAGUAAAGUUUUGAAAUUCAA